AUGCAAAGCACGACAUAUGCCGAAGACCUUCGCACACUGGCAAACGACAUAGAUCCUUCGUCCACAGAUGCUCUCACAUCGUCUGUGAAUGAAAUGAUGCAGGCUGGAGACCGACCAUCGCAACAACAGCUCGAGGCAAUGGUAAUCCAUUUAGCCGAUGCUCGAGGGAUGGCGCGUUUGGGGCUGGUGGAGGCGUUCGGUAAAAUUGGAAGUGUAGCUGUCCCGCCGCUGUUGGAGGGUCUGUCAUGUUGCCCAAAUCCCGUUGUGCGGCGAAGUUGUGGGAAAGCGCUGGCGAAGAUUGGAGAUUCUACAGCGACUGGCCCGCUCCUCCUUGCAUUGGUGCACGAUGAGGAUACUGUCGCAAGGUCGUCUGCAGCAGGGGCGUUGGCGAGGAUGGGCAGUGUGGCAGUAACUCAAUUGCUUGACUUAAUUUCAAACCCGGAUGUUGGCAUGACAGCCAAGGGGCACGCGGCGUGGGCGAUAGCGUACAUGCAAGGGGAUGCCAGCGAAACGUUGUUUGAAAGUCUACGCCAUCCGAAUACAGACGUCCGCAUAGCUGUCGUUUCUGCGUUAGGUGCCGUUGCCAUUGGAGACGCACUUCCAAUGAUGGGAGCUACUUCAGAUGACGACUGGAGCGAAGGCGACGCAGAAAAGGCCGGGAUGAGGGAGCGCGCCUUAAAAGCCAUCAGCCUUGCUCUUAACGACGAGAGUCCGGAGGUGCGUGCAGAAGCUGCCACUGCCUUGGCCAAUGCCGGUUGUGUAAAUGAGGUGAAGAGGAUAGCGAUCAUGCUCACAGAUGACGACAGCGAGCUGCGUCGAUGCGCAGCAUUAGCUCUCAUGAAACUCGGCGAUAUAUCCGUGAUUGAGCAUCUUAGAGAACGGGAAAUGGACAAGUCUGAAGUAGAUUCCGUCAGAAGCGUAGCAAGGUUAGCUGCGAAUACGCUGGAGCGGUCUACAAUCGAUGAUGACUGGGCUUAG